AGAAAUAGAAAAUAAAAAUAAGAAAAUGGCUGCCUUAAAAACUGAAAUCAGGGAUGAAAAAGAGAAUGAACGUGACCACAUUCAAACUGCAGUUGAAGAUGAAAUAAACGAUGAAAAUCCUGAAGUUUCUAAAAAAAAGAAAAAGAAAAAGAAGAAAAAAAAUGGGAAUACUGAAGGUGUAAUUGCUACUGACACAACAGACUUGAUAGCAUCAAGUCCCACUGAAAAUGAUACUACUGAAGUUCCAACAAACGGAACAGCUGAAAUAGAUGGUGAUAGUGAAAAAAAGAAAAAGAAAAGGAACAAAAAGAAGUCUGGAAAAGUACAACAAACAAACCCUCCUUCUUUACCAAUUGUUGAUUUGUUUCCUGAUGCCGUUUUUCCGAUCGGAGAAAUACAGGACUAUCCUAUUUUGAAAGAUGACCGUUCUGCCAAAGAUAGAUUCACCUCUGAGGAGAAGCGAGCUCUAGAUAGAAUGCAUAAUGAUAUUUACAAUGAAGUUCGUUUGGCUGCUGAGGCACAUAGACAGACGAGGCAACACAUUCAGAAGUGGAUCAAACCAGGAAUGACCAUGAUAGAAAUUUGCGAGGAACUGGAGAACACCGCAAGGAAACUGAUAGGAGAAAACGGCCUCAAAGCUGGCUUGGCGUUCCCAACUGGGUGUUCGAAGAACCACUGUGCCGCUCAUUAUACCCCUAAUGCCGGCGACAAAACGGUGUUCGAAUACGAUGACGUCGUGAAAAUAGAUUUCGGAACGCACAUCAACGGGCGCAUCAUCGACUGUGCCUUCACUCAUACUUUCAAUCCCAAGUAUGAUAAGUUGGUGGAAGCUGUGAGGGAUGCUACCAAUACUGGCAUCAGAGCUGCAGGUAUCGACGUUCAGCUAUGUGAAGUUGGCGCCCAAGUACAAGAAGUAAUGGAAUCUUACGAAGUGGAACUUGAUGGAAAAACGUAUCAAGUCAAGUCAAUACGUAAUCUUAAUGGGCAUUCAAUAUCUCCAUACAGAAUUCAUGCUGGAAAGACUGUUCCAAUUGUUAAGGGCGGCGAAGCAACUGUGAUGGAGGAGAAUGAAUUCUAUGCCAUCGAGACUUUCGGUUCAACUGGACGAGGAGUUGUUCAUGAUGAUAUGGAAUGUUCACAUUACAUGAAAAACUUUGACGUGCCAUAUGUUCCGUUGCGUUUACAAUCAUCCAAAGGACUUCUCAACAUCAUAAACAAGAAUUUCGGUACUCUUGCUUUCUGCAAAAGAUGGUUGGACCGUGCUGGUGCGACAAAAUACCAAAUGGCUUUGAAGGAUUUGUGCGACAAAAACAUCGUAGACGAUUAUCCUCCUUUGUGUGACAUCAAAGGAUGUUACACAGCUCAAUUUGAACACACAAUAAUGCUGCGUCCGACUUGCAAAGAAAUUGUAUCCAGGGGAGAUGAUUAUUAAUAUUGUUAUUUUCGUUUGAUGACUAAUGAGUAAUUUUGCUUGGUUUAAUAAAAAUAUUAUC